AUGGAAAUAUAUAUUGAUGACAUGGUCAUCAAAUCUCGACAAGGUGUUUCACAUGUGGAUGAUUUAACCGAAUGCUUUGACAUCCUUGACUCCUAUAGAAUGAAAUUGAAUCCAACCAAGUGUGCUUUUGGGGUGUCCUCUGGCCAGUUCUUAGGGUAUGUGGUCAUCCAGAGAGGCAUUGAGGCCAAUCCAACCCAGAUUGCAUCGCUCUCAGAGGUCAAGGAACCCAGAACCAUCCGAGACGUCCAGGCUCUGACAGGAAAAAUCGUAGCACUAAGCCGGUUUAUAUCCCGCAUGUCCGAUCGUUGCCAGCCUUUCCUCCAAUGCAUCAAGAAAUCUACCAACACCACCUGGGGGACAAAACAAAAUACAGCACUCGAAGAAUUGAAAGCCUAUCUGAGCUCUCAUCCCAUACUAAGCUCUCCCAUCCCCAAUGAAGAUCUGUUCUUGUACCUGUCUGUUUCGCACUUUGCCGUAAGUUCAGUACUCUUUCGGGAAGACGCAUGCCGACAAAAGCCAAUGUUCUAUUGCAGCAAGAUGCUACUAGACGUUGAAACCCGCUACAGCAUGAUGGAAAAAUUGGCACUCGCACUAAUUACGACAAAGAAGAAGCUACGACAGUUUUUUGAAAGCCAUACCAUCAUUGUAUAUACGAACUACCCACUGAAGCAGGUCUUGAACAAACCUGAUCUCUCCGGUAGAUUAUCCAAAUGGUCAAUUGAACUCGGGACGUAUAAUAUACGGUUCUUGCCGCGAAAAGCAAAGAAAGGCCAAGUACUAGCUGAUUUCCUAGUUGAGAUACAAUCCUUUACCCCAGAUACCUUACCUGAACUGCUGGAAUCAGAAGCUGAAUGGGUGUGGACAAUGCAUAUGGACGGAGCCUUCAAUUCUCAAGGAGCUGGAAUCGGCAUCAUAUUGGAAGCACCCUCCGGACUAAAAAUUGAGGAAGCCAUACGGUUAGAGCAAUUUGCCACAAAUAACGAGGCCGAGUAUGAGGCUCUGAUUUAUGGCUUAGAAUUAGCACGAGACAUCCGCAUUAGACGAUUGAAAGUCAAAAGAGAUUCAAAACUCAUGAUAGAGAAAGUGGUCGGAAAUUUCGACACCAAGGCACCCCACCUGACCAGCCUAUUGAAAAAAGUAUUUGAAUUGAAGGAACAAUUCCAUCAGUUUGAACUCGUACAAGUACUAAGGGAACAAAAUCAGAAGGCCGAUGCCCUCGCCAAAAUAGCCUCUGCAGGAAAAUGUUCUCGACACUCCGCCAUUUCCACAAGCCACUCACCAAGAGCUUUGGAAGUUUUCUCAACCUCAUCAGAACUAGAGUGUUGGGGUGAUCCAAUCAUUCGCUACUUGACCAAGUUUGAACUGCCAGCCCAUGCAAAAGACGCAAAGCUUCUGCGCCUUCGAGCUCAACAUUACUCCAUCAUCCAUGGAACGUUGUACCGCAGGUCCUUUAAUGGCCCCUAUCUUCGAUAUUUACGUCCGUCAAAAGCUAAAAAAUUAUUAGAGGAGAUCCACGAAGGAUCAUGUGGAAACCACACAGGGGGACAAAGUUUGGCCCACAAAGCACUUACAGCAGGGUACUACUGGCCAUGCAUGAUGACAGAAGCACGCGACUAUGCAAAGAAGUGUGACAAAUGCCAGCGAUUUACACCCACCAUCCAUCAGCCUGCUCAAGUUCUACACUCCACCAUCGCACCUUGGCCUUUUGCAAAGUGGGGGAUGGACGUAGUAGGGGAACUGCCCAGAGCUGCUGGGGGAAAAUGGUAUGCUUUGUUAGCCACCGAUUACUUCACUAAAUGGGUCGUAGCAGAGGUAUACGUCACGGUCAGCAAAACAGACACCAUGAGCUUCAUAUGGAAGCACAUCAUCUGCCAAUUUGGGAUACCAUGGGAAAUAGUCGUUGACAACGGAACCUCGUUCCAAAAUGCCAAAGUGCAGGAGUUGUGUGACACAUACAAGAUAAAAUUGAAUUUUGCUUCUGUCACCUACCCCCAAGGCAACAGUCAAGCAGAAGCUUCCAACAAAGUCAUUUUUGCCAACAUCAAGAAAAACUUGGAAGAUAAAAAAGGCGCGUGGGUAGAAGAGUUACCAAAUGUGCUAUGGGCAUGUAGAACAACAAAAAGGUCAUCUACAGGCCAGUCUUUCUACGCCAUGGUGUAUGGAACAGAAGCUGUCAUCCCAACAGAAGUGGGCCUACCUACGCUUCGAACAGACACAACUUCUGAUCUGACCACAAACAACGUACAAUUGACACACAAUCUCGACCUCCUGGAUAAGUUACGUAAAACAACAUAA